CGGCGCUGCAGAUCAACCUGCGCGAGACGGAGAAGAUCCUGCGCCAGAAGAGACGGAGCCAGGCGAAGGCGAGGCAGAACCUGAACAACCAGUGGAUGGAGCUGGCCCAGAAGGAGAAGACGCUGCGGGAGAACUUCCUGUUCUUCAACUCGUUCGUACGGGAAAAUAUGGAAAAGAGGGAGCGAGCUAAGCACAAAAUCGUGGAAGAUGUGGAGUUGUGCGACCAGAGACAGAAGGAGAUAGAAAGUUUGAAGAAGAACCACGAUGAAAUCCAAAAGGCCAAGGUGGACAUGGACGCCAAAAUCAAGGAGUACCACAUGUAUGAGGUGUUCCUUGAUGAGGUAGUCGAGCACUCCGGUGAAUUCCAAAAUAUUCAGGAGCUGAUCAACCGGUACUUGUCCCUGGUCAAUGCCAAGAACCAGUUGGCGCACUUCCAAGAGGACAAUCUAGUGGCCUUGGAAAACGCCAGGAGCGACAUGAUGAAGAUCAUCGAGGAGAAGAAUCUGGUGAUCAUGGGACUCAACAACCAGAUCGCCAGUUUGCAGGCGAGGUUCGAGAACGCCAACAUCAAGUCCCUCGAGUGUGAGCAGCUGGUGACGCGUAUAAAAAAUAACGCCGUCAGGAUAAUGAACGAAAUAGACGAAGUUAAGUCCUCCGUAUGGAACGUAUACGUGCAUAUGGCGCAUUCCAAGAAGCACCCCGUGAAGAUAAAGAAGGAGAACGUCGAGGAGCAGGCCCUGUACAUCAAGCGAACGCUCACUGAGCUGUCCAAGAUCAACACUAUUCUGAGGAAACCCGCGAAAUUGGCCAAGAUGAAGCUGAAGUCCGCGUGA